AUGAAGAUAGACAAGCUACAGAACGAGGGCACAGAAUAUCAGAUCAACCCGCCGGCCGAAGUAAGCCUGGAAUCUAGUGAGUUGCCUACCAGACAAGAGCGAGAGCGCUGGUUCUGCACGAGCCGCUUGCCACCGAGGGCGGCCCGUGAGGUCGGCGUCCGCUUGGCCCGGAAGGUGAGGCGGAGCACGUGUGGAGUGCGAGCGGCGGCGCGUGUGUGUGGCCAGCACACCGCUCCACCCACACCGGAGCACGCCGCUCCACCCACACCGGAGCACGCCGCUCCACCCACACCGGAGCACGCCGCCCCACCCACACCGGAGCACGCCGCUCCACCCACACCGGAGCACGCCGCUCCACCCACACCGGAGCACGCCGCUCCACCCACACCGGAGCACGCCGCUCCACCCACACCGGAGCACGCCGCUCCACCCACACCGGAGCACGCCGCCCCACCCACACCGGAGCACACCGCUCCACCCACACCCGAGCACGCCGCUCCACCCACACCGGAGCACGCCGCUCCACCCACACCGGAGCACGCCGCUCCACCCACACCGGAGCACGCCGCCCCACCCACACUGGAGCACACCGCUCCACCCACACCGGAGCACGCCGCUCCACCCACACCGGAGCACGCCGCUCCACCCACACCGGAGCACGCCGCCCCACCCACACCGGCGCACGCCGCUCCACCCACACCGGAGCACGCCGCUCCACCCACACCGGAGCACACCGAUCCACCCACACCGGAGCACGCCUGGGCACCCUGGCCUCGAGCCGCCUUCCCGCGCUUUUCGAGCGCGCGCUCCACUGGAGCUCACGAUUUAAUAUUUGCUCUGCGCAAGACCAGUGAAGUGAAAUUUGACCUCUAA